AUGGCCGACGAGGCGAGCGCCGCGGCAGCCGCCCCCGCAAAAGAGGAGAAGGACUCGAAGAAGCGCGCGCGCGACGAGGCCGACGAGGCCGACGACGAAAUGCCAGAGAUGCCGGAGAAGUGGGCGAAGAAGGACAUCGGGCGGGCCAUGCUCUGGUACUACCGCGACAAACAGGGCAAGCGCCAGGGCCCCUUCUACCCCGGCCAGAUGCGCCACUGGUGGACGGCCGGCUUCUUCCAACCCACACAGCUCGUGGCGCCGUCGUUCCGGGGCGAGGUGCCGCGGGCCUUCGUCAGGGUGGACCAGUUCUUCACCGACGCGCCCGCGCGCGAGGCGGCCUUCGUCGCCGCCGAGGGCGUCGCGCUCUGGCCCGCCGCGCGCGCGGCGGCCCCGGGCCCGGGCGGCGACGGCGACGACGUCUACGCGGAGACCGUCGCGCGGGCCGACGCGGCUAAACGGCCGGCCUGGCUCGAGGACUCGAUCAAGCGCCAGCGCGCGGGCAUCCACCACACGAUCCACCAGCCCGUCGAGCGGGAGAACUACAACUAACUUGACCCGCCUGUAUGUCGUAGUACUAGGCCGUUUUUUUUUGUGCGCGAGUAAAAAAAAAACCCGCCGGCGCGUCCGUUUUUGUUGCACCGUCCGCGGGCUGCCCCCAGGCGCCGCCGCCCGUCCCGGUCGCGGCCCAAACGAUGGCGCAGCGCCGCGCGGACGAGCGGAUGGCCGGCAUCACCGCUGCGCACCGCUUCCGGCUCGGCGAGCAGCGGCCCGGCUGGCUGGCCAAGAGCAAGGCCUUCUCCAGCGUGAUGCGCCAGGAGCGGAACCUGGAGAUCAUCAAGAAGAAGAGCGACGCGCGCCGCGCGGCGUCGGAGAAGGAGAACGCGGCCGCCCCCGACGCGGCGGCGGAGGCGCCGCCGCCGACGCCCGUCGCGGCGCCGCGGCUCGCGUCGCCGCCGCCGCCCCCGCCGCUCAUGGCGCCGCAGCAGUGGGCGCCCUGGGCCGCGCCGAAGCCGACCGCCGAAGACGAGCCGGACGCCGCGGCCGACCCGUCGGCGUUCGAGCCGUUGCCGGCCGCCGCCGACGACCCGUCGGCCUUCGAGCCGCCGGUGGACGCCGAGUCGGCCUUCGAGCCGCCGGUGGACGCCGAGUCGGCCUUCGAGCCGCCGGUGGACGAACCGUCGGCGUUCGCGGCGCCGUCGCCCCUCGCGCUCGAGCCGCCGUCGCCGGCGGCGCGGCGCCGGCCCCGCGGCUCGGCGGCGACGGCCGUUCGCGCCGCGCACCGGCGCAUGGAGUCGGCGCAGGAGGCCGCGAAAAAACGCAAGGACGCCCUCCUGGAGGCCGAGCGGACGCGCAUCGCGGAGAAGGUGAAGGCGCGCGAGGCGCGGCGCGCCGCCCUGAGGCGCGGCCGCGACAUGCUCGCGACGGUCGCGGCGGCGCGGGCCGCGGCGCGCCUGGCGGAGGGCCUCCGCGCCGCGCGCGAGCGCCGCCGGCGCGCGCGCGCGGCGACGACGCUCGCGGCGUGGCGGCGGCGAACCGUCGUGGUCCGGCGGCUCGCGGCGCUCGCCGCGGUCGGCCGGUGCGUGGGCGGGUCGCUGCGCUACGCCGUGACGCAGCGCGCGCGGCGGCGGCGGCUCGCGGCGCGGCGGCUCCGGUUCGUCCUCGAGGCGAGCGCCGGCGCCGCGGGCAAGUUCCGGCACGCGGUGCGCGAGCUGGCCCGGCGCGUCCGCGUGGUCCAGCGCGCGGCGCGCGACUACCGCGUCUGCACCGCCGCGCGCCUCGCCGCGCUGCGGCUGGUCUGGCAGCGGUCGGUCGAGGCCGAGGUCGCGCGCGAGCGGCGCGUCUGCGACGCGCUCGA